CAAACGGAUGCCGCCGCUUAUCAGUAUAAACAUUUAUGUAAACAACAUGCUAGUUGUAACCUGAUAUAAAUAAAUACCGGUCGGUAGCCGCUUAUCAGUGUAAACAUUUAUGUAAACUACAAGUCAGUUGUAACUAGAUAUAAACAAUAACUUGCCGGUCACCGCUUAUCAGUAUAAACAUUUCUAAGUAAAAUAAUAUGCGAGUUGCAACCUGAUAUAAACAAUUAGGCCCUGCGGCUAGAAGUAGUAAUUAGGUAUAAACAAUUUUUAUCUAUGGGUCUUUCUGUCGCUUAUCAGUAUAAACAUUUUUUAAGUAAAAUAAUAUGCGAGUUGCAACUUGAUAUAAACAAAUUUCUAAGAAUAUUUAUCGUACGGAGCGCCGAAUCGUCGGCAGCUGAUAAAUUUAUUCGACAGCUCUUGGAAUAGCUAUAAACAAAAAUCGCUGACCAUAUCCGGUAGCGGUUUGUUAUAAACAAAUUUUUUAUCGCGACACGGAGCGCCGAACCGUCGGCAGCUUAAAUUUCUAGAUAAUGAAUCGGUAGUGAGUGCGUUAAAAUUAGAUAUUUGUGGAGGGGAUAAAAAUUAGAUAUUUUGUGGAGGGGAUAAAAAUUAGAUUUUUUGUGGAGGGGGAUAAAAAAAGUGGAUAUUUCGUGGGUAUUUCGUGGAGGGAUAAUAAUAUAAAAAAGAGCUCCCGACAACGUUAUUGCAUCAGUCAAAUAGUGGAAUACGAACGGUAAAGCUUUAACAACGUUACCGCAGCAGUUGAUUGGUGGAAGUCAGAUUGUAAAACGUCUGAAGAAAGAACCGUAUGAGAUGAACUAUUACGUUCCGAUCCAACAGAAUGACGGGUGCGAUAAAUCAACAUUAUCGCAGCCACGCUAUACUCCUCGCAUCCUGGGAAGGCGAUUUGCUUUAACCGCCACUGCCUACAAAUAUUUGGAUAUCGGAGUCAGUGUGGGACGUGAACCUUUUGUGGAGAUGAUUCUUGGCGACAACAAAAGCAAUCAGAUACAGCUGUCACGUGAUACCUGGGUAAUAAUGAUUGAGAAACGCAUGGAUAUCGAGCGACUCCUGCAGACAACCACCGCUACAUCGUUGUGGAUUAAUGAUCUUUUCAUCGAACUCGUCAAAUUACGUAAUGAAAUUGUCAUAAAAUUUACAUUAAAUAACAAAGCUUUGUAUAUGAAACCAUUAACUGUGCAAUUUUUAUUAAAUCUUGAAGAUGUUAUCAAUAAUGUCUACUUUAAGUUGUGGGAUGAUAUGCACGUAGUAAAAGAAAAAUAUAAUCGAUUUGUAAAUUGCUUGCAGCGAAAUAACAUUAAUAAUAAGUGCGAUGCUGUAAAGCUAUUAGAUGAAAUAUGUGUAAAAACCUCGCUCAUAGAUUGCGAACUGAUGGUUUAUGCAUCAGACAAUAUUGUAUAUGAUGCUUUGAAUAAUAAAUAAAUAUGUAUUUGUAUAAACGUUUUAGAAUUAUUUUUUCCUACUAAUUAUCCUAACUUAAAAAACUAUUUUAAUUAAUAAAUGGGGAAGAGGAAAUAUAAACGGGUAAUGGAAAUAUAAAAAAAAAACACAACACAAAAAAAUUAUUUUUUAUUGCUAGACCACCAGUUAAACAGUUUAAAUACAUUCUGUAAAGCGCAAUUGUUCACAUGAUUCCGACAACGUAAGGUGUACGUAAUGUCCAACUUGUUUAGAGGUUUUAUGUCUUCGUAAUGCACCUCGAUAUUUUCGACAUUAGCUUCAUCUUUCGCCUCGUCCAGGAGUAAGUCCUGCAGCCAUUCUCGUUUCUCACAUCCCUUUACGUACACGACAAUUUCAUCAUUGGUUGCAGUUGUACCCAUCACUGCCUUUGUAAUUAAAUCUCUAGCCAUGCUGUGCGGAAUCAAUCCAUCCUCCCAUGAUAUUCCGUGAUGAUUCACUUUCAACCACGCCACCUGACGUUUUUCUGCCUUGGUAAGGUAUUCCCAUGAAUAGGUGGGUGUAAACAUGUAGUGGGUGAGUUCAAAUCCAUCUUUGAGAGAGGCAAAUUCCUUAACGAUAAAUUCUCCACCAACGAUGAAACCUUGCAGAUCCACGAACGUUGGUACAGACAUGACAGCUGUCGUUGAGAAUACUGUGAUCCAUCUCGACGCGUUAUAAAUUUUUAUAUCAUCUUGAUAUUGUUUUGGAGAAAAAGUGGCGCCGCACUUAGGUAAUUUUGCGCACAACGUUGGUCAACGGGUUGUACUGAAUCACACGAUCGUGUAUAAUGAGACAGUACGCGAUAGUGUUCGCGGGCACGUUUUCUCUGCAUUCAAAUUCUAAGCGUACGUCCACGGUUGCGCUUUUGAUCGAUUCGUUUUGUCGAGAGCAAUCGAUAAUCACGAAUGGACCAUUAUGUCGAAACAUGGUGACGGAUUGAUUCGGCUCGAGAUAAUCAUAUCCGUAAUAGUUUUUACAGAAAUGUGCGUACGUGUCGUACAGAAUCGACCAUUUAUUUUUAUCAAAAUCUAGAUUCAAAUCAUCGUACGGAUAACAUUUCGAGUUUAAAUAGAGUUUCGCGUUGAUUAAUUUGCAAUGAUCGAAUCGGCUCAUGUUUUCAGACAUGAUAUUCUUUCGACCAGCCUGCAGAGCGAAAACGACGUAUCGAGGCUUCUCGAGCUGAGUAGCGGUCUUGAUGGCCCACGAAUGUUUGUUGUGCUUUGCAAUAAAGGAUACUCAUAUAGAUCCCAAGAACGAAAUGCCAUGCUGAGGUAUCGCCCGCUUUCCAGAGCACGCAGCAUCGACAGUUUAUUCAUCUCGUUCAGUAACACAUGCGGCAUUCGCCACUGAAUUUUGAGUAAUUCAAUCUUCGGCUCCAAUUCUGAACUUCCCAUCAGACAAUUGUUAUCGUUACGCGCGCGUAUUAAAAUCAGCUCAUGGCGAGCGUUGAUCACCACGCGUCUGUAAUCUUCACAAAAUCCCAACAGCAUGUUGAGCGGUACGCAAAAAUUAAAGUAUCCGUUCGGAGGAUUCCACGGAUCCCAGCCGGCGUUCCUCGCGAUUACGCUUCUGGCAACUGACAUAGUUACAUAGUUCUUGAGGGUGCUGGUUAUUCCGACGUUUCUGUUUCGAUCAAUCUCCACACCGUCGAGCUCGUAUCGAAUCUCAUCGAACAUAAACGCGACGCAAUUAUUUGCCAAUGUCACAUCAAAUCCCGCAACUGGUUUCUUUAUUAUAAGUUUUCCUUCAAUGUAUAGAAAACUUUCGUACGGUAACGUGUAAAGAUCCUGCUGUUGUAUAGGAAUUCUUAUCUCAUCGUUGUAUUCAAACGUCGUGUUGGCGAACGGAUUGUACGUGUGAGUCUCGAUCUUGACGAUGCGAUCGUCAAAGAUCGGCUCGUCCUCGAUAUUUAAAAUAUCCGUCAUUGUCGCACCGCAAAUCCCAGAGAUUGUAGAUAUUCAACGUUUGACGCAGUGAGCCUCUUUUUCUUGGAACAGUCGGAUGAUCGAAUAUUAUCGAAUGUCGUCGCAAAAGUAUCUGAUAACUGCUGUAACGUUGGUGUUUUCGUCGUAAAGAUGUUUAUUUUUCUAGCGCGUUCCGACGCGUUUAGUACGAGCAUCUCACGUUCGCGUUAUCGUUCCAGCCGUCGUCGCACAUGCAAUCUGAUGGUAAUUUCUUCUCCUCGAAAAUCGAGCAAUCGUCUGUUCUGGUCAACCACGCGUAUUGUCAGAUUCGUAAAGCUCCGCACGAUGAUCGGCAGGUAAAUGAUCUGCGACGGCCUUUCCGAGAUCUUAUAUCCAGGUGGCACGUUCGGUGAAAACUCGUGUAUCGCGUGCACGCUUUUGUCGUUGCUGUACGCGCCCGCGGUCACGUUGCACUCUACGCGGAUAAUGUUUACGUUCAUUAUGUUGAUCGACACGUCUGACUCAUGCCAUAUUCGCGGUUCUAGUAUACGCUUCGAUGUGAAUCCCAAGAGCGAGCCGAUGUUGUUUGGUUUGCCAAAAUUUAUUUUGUGUACGCAUCUGAUCUCACAUCUCAUCAUAUUAUAAUUUGCGCGGAUCGUUAUUGGAUCUUUAUCCCCGCCAUUACUACCUUCAGUCGUGACGUCACGUCGCGGACGUAUUUGCGAAAUCUCGCGUUUCAAAAACUCGUUAAUGGCAUGCAACUCGUACGAUCCCUCAGGAAUCGUAAUCUCCGCGUUGUCUUUGCCAAAGUAAAAUUUAUUGUUCGAAGCAUUUACGUUCGGUAUCGUGUUAUAUGUUUCAAAGAUCGCUAAACCGAGCUCGUAAUCGUCGUCGCUCAAAUCUAUAGCCGGAGAGUAGCAUGCCGCGAGAAUGCUGCUCUUACCGCUCAGCGUAAGUGUCAGCGACAUGUUUGAACGAAUACUGAGAUUAAACAGCGCAACGUCGGUCUUUAAAUCGAGUGUAAAAAUAGCAAACAAAGUUGUCCGCAAUUCCUUUGAUCGUAAGUUUGAUACGACGUUCGAUUGUACUCUAUCUUUGUCACAUCGUCCCCAAAAUAUCGUACGAGUUCUCUGGGUGGCCGCAGAUUGCCGAAACUGUCAAAAUACGCUACGUGAUUUCUCCUCUUUGUGUACGCUACCCAGUGAGUACCGGGACCCUCCGCAUCGUCCAGAUUUACGAUACCGCUCUCGUUUUGACGCGCACUGCUCGUCGGUAGCGCGUUACGCAUAAACACUCCUCUGAAAUACGGGAUACACAAUCGUUUUGCCAAUUGAAGUUGUUGCAUGUUCGUCGUCACACCCGCGGGUAUUCUUAACGCCUCUUUGACAUAUUUUUUUGUUUCGCUUUUACACCUUUUCCGUACUUGUACGGGGCGAGGUACAGCCCUCGUCCGCCUCUGUACGGGGCGAGAUACACUCCGCGCCCUUCCAUCGCGCGAUUGUGACGUUGCAGCUCCUCGAGCUGACGUCGCGCAGUUUUGCUGUCGUUUACCAUCUUUGUCACACCGGCCGCGCCGCCGAUCAAUGAUCCGAGCGCGCCCAACAUCGGUAAAAUUGGUAACAUGCCGCCUCGUCUGGCUGUCGGAAGUAUACGUUUUUUUUUCGUUACCUUUUUUUUCUUCUUCAUACCCAUACCUAUCUUUGUCUUGGCUUUCAUGGCUGCCCAGACGGCAGCAGCGGCUGCUCUUUCUCCGAGAGCCGAGUCUUUCGCGAUUACGCGUUUUCGUGCUUUCGCAGCGAGUAUCCCGUCCGCUGCGUGUCUGUCGGCGAGCUCGUUGCUCCGAGAAUACGCAAUGUCGUGUUCGCGGCACGCUGCGUCCAGCGGAUUUAUACCUCUAUCGCCUUUAGCUAAUCGUUUUUCCAAGUGGGUUCCCGGUCCGCAAAAUUGAUAACCGGGGAUAUGUAGCUCGAAGGGAAGCGCGUUUAUCACGCGAUUCAAAAGAUGACCGCAGCCCUUUUUUAUCUUUGCGACAGCUGGCAUUCGCUACAAUUCUUGAUCAACGGCGCGGGUCCGUCGAUGUGCGUUUGCUGCCACGGCUGAUUAUAAUGUUCGUUGCAGCGACGAUAUUACUGAACUUCGAAAUCAACCUUUAUAUAUUCCGGAAGCUUGUCCCACACGUGUUCGAUAUAGUUGCCGCACUCGCGUAACAGAACGAUCUUUGGUACGAAUUGUAACUGCUCAGCACUCAAAUUUAUAAUAUCAGAGGGAUGUGACAGUAUGAGAUACAUGUUUGCUACUGAGCGAUGCGCGAUUUUGCAUGCCUAUAAAUAGUUUCGCAAGGUUUUUGUUGCCUAGUAAUUUUUUAUUACUUGCUCUAAAAAACAGUGCGAGUACUAUUAUGAAAAAUAGUUUUCAAGCCACGAGUGAAUCGUCAAAGGGUGAUAGUUUACUUGAGCAUCGAUGAUAAGCUCAAGUGGCAUCUCCACAGCGUGGGGAUAAGUACCAAAA